AAACCUUCAUAUUCCUUCAAAUCAUUACAUCAUUUAUAUAACGAAAAAAAAAUGUUUAAGAAAUCUGCUUAGGCUACAAUACAAGAGAUAACGAGUAACGGGCAUUGCCUUAAAUUGGUAAAGAUAUAUCCACCUAACUAAACCAUCCACUUUUGUAUACAUCCCAUGUAUUAUCAGUUACAUCCCAUCUGCGCAGGUUAGCAAUGACAGAACAACGUUCGUCCAGUCAAAAUCAAACUUUCCGGUUCGGUCUUUCCCCCCCCCCCCGUGUGGACAAUCAACUCUCUAUGUGCGCAAAAUAGCAACGCCAGAACAUGUUCACCAUUUAAAAAGCGCAUAAUAGCGAUGCCAGAACAACAUGUUCAUUUCAAACAAAAGCGCAUGUUAGCAUAAAAGUCUUACCUUUAUCGUCUUCUUCCCGUGUCUCUCUGUAAAUCUUCCUGCUUAAGCGAAGGUGACGAUACUAUUUCAAUCCCCCCCCCUAACACAUUAUCAACAUCUCUCUCUCUCUCUCUCAACGAAAUCAAAAAUCUCUCUUUGCAUGAUGGGAUUGCUCGAUCUCGAGAAGCACUUCGCCUUCUACGGCGCUUACCACAGCAACCCAAUCAACAUCGUAAUCCACAUCAUCUUCGUGUGGCCCAUCGUCUUCACAGCCUUGCUUCUCCUCUACCCAGCGUCCCCAAUUUACGACCUUUCUCAAUUAGGGUUUCCUCAGUCGAUGACCCUCGACGGCGUUUUGCGGUUAGACGUUGGGUUUGUCGUAACGGUGACGUAUGCUCUGUUCUACAUCUGUUUGGAUAAAAAAUCUGGGUUCGUUGCGGCUCUCAUGUGUUUCGCUUGCUGGGUCGGGUCCAGUGUCCUCGCUGAUCGAUUAGGACCUUCUCUUGCCGUAAAGGUUGGGUUAGCAUCUCAGCUGUUAUGUUGGACCGGGCAGUUUCUUGGCCAUGGAUUGUUCGAGAAACGAGCACCUGCGCUAUUAGACAAUCUAGCCCAAGCUUUUCUUAUGGCUCCUUUCUUUGUGUUGCUUGAGAUUCUUCAAUUGGGUUUCGGGUAUGAGCCAUAUCCAGGUUUUCAAGCUCGUGUGAACGCCAAGGUAGAAAGUAGCAUAAAGGAAUGGAGAGAAAAGAAGCAGAUCAAGAAGAAUAAGCUCACAUAAGCUUUGGAUCAUAUAAAACCUAAACCCAUUGUAAUGUUUCUAUGUUAAAGUUCCACAUAAUAAACAAGACCACCAUUGAUUGAUGGAUUUGUGUAUAACUAUGUUUCAAUAUAUUGAAUGGAACUUGAAAGUUGCAAAACAAAA